ACAAAAUUAAUAACACUAAAUAUAAUAAAAAUAGUCACACGCUUUUUGAGAGAAAUAUCAAUAAUAUCAAUAAAAACAACAGCAUCAACUAUAUCAACAACAACUCGAAUCCCAAGAACACCAGCAGAAAAAAUCGUGUGUAUAAAAUGAAAUAUUAUUAAUACAAGACGAUUAUAAUAAAAUUAGACGCAAGUGUAUACCUAAGUAACAUUUGUUAACCACUAUAACAGAAAAAGAAACUAACGCUUUGCAUAAACAAAUAAGAAUUAACGGAAAACAAUAAAAUAAAACUGCAACAUAUAUAGUAAAUUUAUAGAACCGCACUCGAUAAAUUGCAGCUGUAUGCACGACUCCUUGCAAAAAGAAGGACAACACGAACAUAUAUCUAAUUAGGGUAUAUACAUACAUAUAUACAUAGAUAUCGAUUGUAUGUCUACAGAUUAUAUUUAGAGGCUUUGGUGAAAAUAUUGAAUAAUCUGGUGUAACUGCAAGCCCCGAGCGAUAGCUUUUGCACACUACAUACAUAUAUAAAGAUAUUAUUUGAACGGAAGGAUUCAGUCACACCUAAAACAAGCCGCCAUCAUUGGAGCGCAUUCAAAUGCGAAUUGCCGAACUCUUAAGAUAGAGAAGCCUCUGUAGUUACAUUGAUCACCCGCUCGAUAGGCGCUGCUGAGAACUCAAGCCUCCAUUGAUAAACAUCAAGUCUACUGAUACAACUCAAGAAAUCAAAAAAUCAAACAAACAGACAAACAAAUCGAAUCGAAUCGAAUCGAAUCGAAAAAGACAUAAGACAAUAGAAGAGCAAACCCUUAAAAACAAAUUCAAAGCCAGCACCAUUCACUUAAAAAUGGCCGAAGACGCUGCCAUGGAGACAUGUCCAAGUCCUGAGAUUGGCGACUCUCGCAAAAGGCCGCUUGAUUCCGAUCCGGAAAAUGAACAAACUAAACGCUCACAUUUCAGUUCCGCAGCAGCAUUCCCGCAAUAAAAAACCAAACACAAAUUUUGGGUGAUACGUAAUAAUAAAAUAAAUCAUUUGUGAAAACUGAUAAAAAAAAAAACAAACAAAAAAAUAAAAUAAAAUCUAUAUUGAAAAUUGAAAAUACAACUUAUAAGUGAAUCUGGUUGCAACCCAACAACAAAUCAAUCAGCAUCGUCAUACGGAUCUGGAUCUUUUUCUGGCAUUCAAACCGGGAUUGCUUGGUGAUCCAGAAUGAACUAAUCUGAAUUGAACUGAACUGAACCACAAACAAGCUUUCUGAACGAAAGGAGGAGGAAUAAAGGAUUUGAGAGCGAUAGGAACACGGCUGAAUGAUGGAAUCACAGAUGCAACAAAUCAGCCCAAAUGCCACGGUCAAUACAACCCUCGACACGGAGAGCUCGUCAACUGCAGUACAACACCAUGAGCAGGAGCAGGAGCAGCAGCUACAGCAUCACCAUCAGCAUCAGCAUCAAAUUGAAAACCAUGAGACAACGGCAAUAACUGCCAGCUUUAAGACUGUUGCCUCCUGUUGGUGCUACGGUGAGUCAGUUUGUUCUGGAAUUGAGGUUGAAAUUGAAAAUAAUAACAAUAAUCAUAAUCAUCAUGGCGACACCACAUUUCACAUGAAGAUUCUGGUGCCUGCGGUCGCCUCCGGGGCCAUCAUUGGCAAGGGUGGCGAGACAAUUGCCUCGCUGCAGAAGGACACGGGUGCUAGAGUGAAGAUGUCCAAGUCGCACGACUUUUAUCCAGGUACAACUGAGCGCGUGUGCCUUAUCACGGGCUCAGUGGAGGGCAUCAUGACCGUGGUGGACUUUAUUAUGGAUAAGAUACGUGAGAAGCCUGACUUGACCACAAAAAUCAUUGAUGCGGAGUCCAAGCAGGCGCAGGAACGUGAUAAGCAGGUCAAAAUACUGGUGCCCAACUCUACGGCCGGCAUGAUAAUUGGCAAGGGCGGCGCCUUCAUCAAGCAGAUUAAAGAGGAGAGCGGUUCCUAUGUGCAGAUCUCGCAGAAGCCGAAGGAUGUGUCUCUCCAGGAGCGCUGCAUCACCAUCAUUGGUGAUAAGGAGAAUAACAAGAAUGCCUGCAAGAUGAUACUAUCGAAGAUAGUUGAGGAUCCGCAGUCGGGCACCUGCUUAAACGUAUCCUAUGCUGAUGUGAAUGGCCCCGUUGCUAACUUCAAUCCAACUGGUUCUCCCUAUGCCACAAAUCAGAAUGCCAUUAACUCAAGCACAGCCUCAUUGAACUCCACGCUGGGCACGACAAUCGGUGGCGCGGCUACUGCAGCGAGCCUCUUGGUGAAUGGCACUGGCAUUAACCUAUCACUGAACUUGGGUGCACCGAAUCCGGCGCCCAAUCUAGCAGUGGCCACACAGCUGCUGGAGCACAUCAAGGUUGCCAUGCGUGGUGCUGGCUACUCGGAGACGGUCACCACUGAGGUGUGCGCUGCGCUGGGUGUGCUUGCCAAAUACGGAGUACUUGGCAUGGGUGUAGGCGUGGGUGUUACACACGCCAACGGAGCACAUCCGACGCUGGGCAAUUAUCUUGGCGUUGCGGCUCUGGAUCAACAGACGGCAGCGGCGGCCUCAGCGGCCAAUGCAAGCAACGUUUUUGGCGCUGUUGGCCAAGUCAAUUUGGAGCAAUAUGCCGUUGCUGCUGCCGCUGCUGCAGCGGCCACACGUCCAACGCCGUCGCAGCUGGAGGUGCAAUUCGAUGCAUUCCGUCAUCUGGGAUCGGCCACAGCUCCCGCGACAACUCCUGUUUCGUUAAACAACAACAGCUUUGGAUUAACCGGUGCCACUGGAACGGUCAGCAGCGCGCAGUUGGGAGCUGCUGCAUCGAUAGGCGGACUUAGUAAGAGUCCUACUCCGGGAGAUUUGGGUGCCAAGGAUUCCAAGAACGUAGAGGUGCCCGAAGUGAUUAUCGGCGCUGUCUUAGGUCCAAACGGUCGUAGUUUAGUUGAAAUCCAACAUGUUUCUGGCGCAAAUGUGCAAAUUUCCAAAAAGGGCAUAUUCGCACCUGGCACUAGAAAUCGCAUUGUAACCAUAACUGGUCAGCCGAGUGCCAUUGCCAAAGCGCAGUAUCUAAUUGAACAGAAAAUCAACGAGGAGGAGACAAAGAGAGCGCGUCAAAUUCCAUUAACUACUGUUGUGAAUUAAACAAUCCUCAAUCCAAUCCAAGCAAGCAAUCAAGCAGCACAACAACAAAAAACAACAACAACAACAACUACUACUACACCCCUUCUUAUUAUUAAAUGCGUAUUUCAACAUAACCAAAUGGUUAAUUUCAAAAAGCAAAAAGAUAUAAUAUAAUAUACAUAAAUGUAAAUGAAGAAAAACAAACGCCAUAAUUACAUCUCCAAAACAAAAACAAGCAAACGAAUAACAACAACAUCGGCCGUUUCCGCACACACACAUCCAACAUAUACGCAAACCCGCCCCCCCAUCCAUCCCAACCACACACACACACACACACACACACACACACACACACACACACACACACAUCCAUACUCGCAGAAAGGCAUAUUAGCAAUAUGUCUGAACUAGUGAUAUGAUAUAUUGCUUUUUCAGAGAGAUAUAUAAAACAAUCUCCUCUAUCUAAAUGCUGAGUUUGUUUUCCCAUUAUUAUUUUCCAUUGAAAUAUUAAUAUACAUAUAUUAAACAGAUAUAUUUCUCUCUUGGUAUACAUAUAUUAAUAUAUCAUAUUUAUUUGAGUAUGCAAAAACAAAAAUAAUGGGAAAAAUGUUUAUACCUCACUUUGUUGUUGUCCUCAAUAUGUUUGCGAGUUUUUUUUUUUGCAAUCUGACAAAAGAAAAAAUUAUAUAUAUACAUACAUAGAUCUACAUACAUAGUUACAUGUUGCAUACAUAUUUUGUGCAUUUGUGUGUAUGCUUGCAUACUGCGGAUGCGUGUACUUAUGUAUGUAUGUAUGUAGCCAUACCGUUGUAUACAUACAUACAUAAAUACAUACUUACAUACAUAUGUAUGUGCAUGCAUGCCUUUUAUAUACUAACUGUUGAGUCUUGUUUAUAUAACGUAAAACAAAAUACAUAAAAUUCACACAACCACACCCACACAUUGAUACAUAUGUAGACCUAUGUAUUUAUGUUUUAUAAACAAAGUACACAUUAUUAUAUCAUUAUGUUGAGUCUAAAAAACGAGGAUUAUUUUUGUGUAAUUGAGAGCGUUUUCAGUGAGAAAACUUCUGUUGACUAUUCGAAAAAGGGUGUCUACAUAAGGUAAAUAUUUCACUACACAUACAAAUCUAUCUAAAAAUAAUUAAAAUAUAAAAACAAAAAAUGAAAAAUGAAAAACGAAAAACAAAAACCUCACCAAAAACAAAGAAAUGCGUUAAAAAAUGCUGACAGGCUAGUGAUAACUAUUUGAAACACUUUUACCUCAUAUACGAGUAUAUAAACAUUCUUAUUACAUCUCAUGUUUUCUGUUGUUGCCCUCUUGUGCUUAUUGCUACUACUAAAUGCAAAACAAUAAAUAAACCAAUUAUGUAUAUUAAUAUUUUUAUGUUUUUAGCCACAAAUAUUUUAUGAUAAUGUUGAAAAUUUGACCAUGAUAAUGUUGUUUAUUGUUUUAAAAGAAUGAAGAAGAUAAAGUGUUGUUAAUGUUUUACGCUCACGUGAGUCUCCUUUUUGGUAUUGAUUUUGUGCUUCUUGUGUGUUAAUCCCCAUUUGAUUUAUAUACAUACAUACGUGUGCUCUAUGUAUAUUAUGUAUUUAAAGACAUGCGAUUUUUAAAUUUCCACUUUGAAAUGGUUCUUUUGUUUACUAUUUUCUGGAAAUUCCAGUCCCUCUUGUUAAAUUCAUAGAAUUAAAUAUUUUUGAAUUAUUUGCACCAUUUAUUUGUGUCACAUACUAUAUUAAUCUUAAGUAUUACAUUUUCCAAUUAUUCACUUUAUGCAUCACAAUAUUGUUAAAAAAAUUUAAACGACUUUUUCUUUGCUAAAUUUGCUAUCUUUCCACAUACAAAUGCCCCCGCCCCCUAUUAGUUGAUAAGUAAUGUGCAAUUAUUCAAUUUAAAUUGAAAAAAUUUCACUUUGAUUCGAUGUACAUUUAGUUACACCCGACGACUUUAAAAAGACAAACUUUCCCACAAUCAAAUCAUUACAAAUAUAAAUGUAACAUAUAUACAAACAGAUAUGCAUAGUUGAAUAUUAUAUUAGCAUCACAUUUCAAUAUUCUUCCAUUCAUUAAUACACGCACACAUAUAGUACAUACACAUCCCCAUGUCUAUGCGAAAGCACCUUGAUAGAAAUGCAUUAAAUGUAAUGUGAAAUUAAGUGUUUUUCUUUGCGCCUUACUACAUAUUUAGUUUAAAUUUAUAUUUUAUUUUACCAAAAACCAAAAAAAUAAAGAAAACAUAACAAAAAAAAUUAAAAUAAAAUAAAUCCAACUGAAACGAAAUUUAUAAAAAUUAUGAAACUUUGAUAAAGAGAAAAUAAACAAACAAUUUGAAACAUUUCAGUGUGUUUAAUUGAAAGCACCAAUCAUCAUUGGUGCCCCCAAUCAAUCAAUCCAUUACCACGUUUAACCAGCACCAAACUAACUGCGUAAUAUAAACAAUUUAGCAACAUUAUCAUGCCAAUUCAACAGUCAAUCAAUCAGUCAAUCAGUCAGCCAGUCAGUCAGUCGAACUCACUCAACAGAGUAUGCUCGUAUGCAGUGUCAAUAAGAUCAAUCCACCAGGUUAAUCUGUAAUUCAAUUAAAUCAUUGAAAACGCUCACAAAUCUAUAAUUAUUGAUCCUGAAAACCACCCGUAAGCUUAGUCUCUAAAUAUAAGUUCAAAAGUUGUUUACAUCUAUUGUUUAACUAGUGUUGUUAAAUCUGACCUAUAAUUGUUUUCAUUUGUGCAAUAUUUAAUAAAUAAUAUAACAAAUAAUAGUUUCAUAGUUAAACUGCGCCACAACAGAGAAACAAAUACAAUAUGCAAAUCCAAAUUGUGACAAAUUAUGCUUUAAACUAUGUUUGCAUAAAUGUUGUUUCACAACAAAGCAAAUAACUUUUAAAUUGAACAAAACUUAAAUAAAGCAAAAAAUAAUACUAAAAGUAAAGUCGUAAGUGCUAGUGUGCCUUGAAAUAUGCAAAAAAACGAUAAGAAAAGAAAAGAAAAAAAUGAGAAAAAACAAACAAUGAAAGAAUUGAAAUUUGUGUUCUGUUUCAUUUAAUUAAAUAUAUUUGUUUGAGAAUAUAAAUAACAUUUUUAAACUUCAUUGUGAGAAAUGGAUUACGAUCACAAGAUAAUAUUAAUCAUUUCAAUGAAAAGGAAAGGAAAGUUACAAAACAUUUAAAAAUAGUCAAACAUGAAAUGAAUGUCAAACCAAAAUAAUAAUCAAAGAAUAACAACAAUGAUUACAACGAUACGAUACAUACUUAGUAUAGAAAGUAUUAUAGCUACAUUAAACAACAAUUUGUUCAAUUCAACCAAAUCACAACAAGCAUAACACAUAUAACCUCUGCCUCUCCAGAACAAGAACAAACAACUACCAAAAACCAACAGAAACAAGUAAUCGUACAUUUUAUCAUCUUUUUUUUGCCAUGGCGAACCCAAAGAGGAUCUACGGGGCUGCACAGACAAAAACAUUGCCUAGGCACAAGACACAAGACACAAGGCACAAUCGUUUCACAGUUACUUCAUGAACACACAUUAUUUCGCAUCUACAUAAAUACAGCUACACAUAACCCAUUCAUACAUUGAAGACAACAUUCGAACAAUUACCUUUUCUCACAUGCGCGGCGUACUCAUUGAGUUGAUGUUAAAUAUAUGAGUUUCUUAACUUAAAGUAGGGAAAACAUGAAAAAAUUAUGCAAAUAUAUGGGGAUGUAUAUAUUUGCACUGAAUCUGUGAUAUAUAAUUAAAAACAAAAAAAAACAACAAAUAUCGAGUAAAACGAUAUAUGAAAUUAGUUAUGAAAUAAAUAAUUAAUUUCUGAAAUGAAAUGUCGAAAAGCUUUACUUCAGAAGCAAAACAAAAGAAUCAAUUAACAUGUAGCGUGGCACUUCUCAUUUUCCCAGUAUAUAUUAUGAUAAUUCCUGCUCGGAAUAUUUGAGUAUUUUUUGUUACUAAUCAAGAGCAAGAAAGUGCGAUUGAUUCAGAUUCUAGGUAUCUGUGUUACAUUCAUGCAUGUUGUUUGCCAUGCUUUUACGCCAAGCAAGAUGAUCUGUGCACUGUGCACGAAUCAUUCGUAUGACGAAAAAGAAGAUAAAAUGUUUGAAAUUGUAAUUGGUUUAGUUAUUCGUUGGUUUCUGCCGGACAGUAGGUGUGAUUAGCGCUUGUUUGGAUUUAUUGUUUUGAAAGCAAUUGAGCUCUUGCUGUAAAUUAAUGCUUCUUUUUCUAUUCUAUUACCAUGUACCAAUAUAUAUAUGUAUGUACGUUGGAUUUUCUCCAAAUCAUUUAUUAGCUUGAUCCAAAAAUAAAGGGAAAUCAAUGGAUCACACUUCUCCGAAUUGCAAUCACAAACAUACAUACUAUACAUGCCUUCGCUCAUGUCCGACCCUUCACAAGUCACCACACUGUUUAAAUCCAUACAAUGUCAUCCACAAUUAUGAUCAAUGAUAGCCUUCCCGAUAUGUUGGCAAGUUAUAUUCAAAUUUUCUACAAAUUACAACAAUAAUGUAUUGUGUUGCUGUUAUUUCAGCGAUGGAGUCUAUUAGAGUUAAAUUAAUGCAAACAUAAAUAACUUUUAUUAGCUACAUGUAUACAAAUACAUACUUACGUAACUUAAAACAAAAAACAAGAAACAACAAAUAUUUAAGUUUUGAAAAUUUGUAGUGAAAUGUGAAAAUAUCAAACCGAAAGAGAAUCUGUAAAAUUUAAACAAUAAAUAAAUUAAAUACAUAACAUACACAUAUAUAUACAUUCAGACACAAAGAAUAAACAAGUUGAAUUUAGCAGUAUAAUUGUUAUAUUUUUUCCGAUUUUUUAAAGUUAUGAUAUACAUACAUACAUAUAUUCUAUACACAACCUGAAAGAAAUUGUUAACUAUAAUUUGUUAUGCUUUGUCUCCCACACUGUUAUUAGAACAAUUUAAUAAUUAAAUGCAUAUUUACAAUUACUACUCGCAUCAUAUUUGCAGAUAAUCGUGUGGAAAAAAAAACUGACGCAAAUCGUUUAGUUAAAAAAAUAAGACAGAGGAUUAAAAAAAACGUUUAUAUUACGAAUACGCAUCGUGAACACGCAAGCGUUUUGCGGGUGCGAAAAUUGUUAGGUUGAUUAGGUCAUUCUCCUUUGAAAUAAAAAGGGAUAAACUAGAAAAUCACUUGGGAAUAUAAUAUAAUCACUAUUACACAUACAUAAACAAUUCAACCCAAUUGCCAAUUUGUGUAAAUAAUUUGGCUUACAAUAAUAAUAGUAAAAUUCCGUCUACAAAUUCAUUCAACAACAAAAUGAACCAUUUAAAACUUAAAGUAAUAUUUAGCAAAUUAUAUCUAUAAUAUAUAAACAAGCAUAAUUAAUAUACCUACAAUAAAUGCAUUGAUAUAAACAAAAACCAUCAAAAUUAUCUUAUAUAAAUAGUUCAUACAUCAAGUAAUAGGUUCAUUGAUGAUACCCAAGAGUGAUGUUGCACUAAAUUGAAUCUACAAAUCGCAAAUCGUUACCCACUCACAAGUGAGGCAUGGAAGCUUAGGGCAAAUGCUUGGAACCUUUAUGUGCCACCAUUGAAAUUUUCAUUUGCAUUUUCGUUUUCUUUGUCGUUGGCAAUAGGAACAUUGUGAUGUCAAUAAAUAAAAAAUGAUGUGUUUCCUUGCGACUUAGUUUUCUCCCAACAAGCCAGAAAUCUCUUAAAAUAGCAAAAAUCCAAAAACAGUCAAAGUCAGACUAUAUUUUCACCGUAUUUGAUCACAGAUUAAUACAAUAAUUUAAUGUGCCCAACAUUAUCAGUUAAUAUAGUUAAAUCGAAACAAAGUUAAGGGUUUUUCAUUUUAAAUAAAUUCUCAUCAUAGGGGUAGAGAGAAUAGAUAUGGGACUACGUUUAAAAGCUCAUAAAUCUUGAAAAAAGAUAAUUAAUAACAAAAAAAGAAAAAACAAAACAAAAAAAGAGAAAAUCGAUGCCUUCUCGCUGGUACUUAUUUAUUGUUGUUGAGCAAAUGUUAAAAACAGCAACAAAAUUAAAGUUCAGAUAUUUAAUAUUUUAGUUAAAGCUUUUAUACAAGCCAUUAGAUUAAACUUUGUCGAUAAAACUAACAAACACCAAAAACAAAUAAUUAUAUGAAUGUGGUAUGCACUUGCAACAUCCAAACAAUAUCUCAACAUUUCUUAUGCACCUUCUUAAUUAAGUACAUACCACACAUAUGAAGAGUAGUUGUCAGAUAUACAAACAUACAUAACCCAAACUUCCAAAUAGCCACACAUGACAACAUACAGACAUUUUCUUAAGCUCCAUUGCACUUUCCGAAAUAUUAACUCUCAAUAUUAUGAAAAUACACAGUUUUACACUUCUAUUAACUGAUUCCAUUAAUUUGAAAGAUUGAGUCAUUUUAAAAUCGUAAUCGCAGAACAUUCAGCAACGCAAAUGCUAAACAUCAUGGAAACUCAUUCAAAAGUAAAAGUAAUAAAUCUUUUAUGAUUUGACUGUGAUAAUAAUAAUGACAAAAAUGAAGUAAAGUGAAGUGAAGUGAAUGGAUGAACAAUUAACAAAAUUAAUUGUAAAUUACAGAAUGUAUAAAUUAAAAAUAUCUAUACACGCGAAUGUAUGUACAAUUUACGUAGGCCACGGCUCUUAAACAAACCCAAUAAGUAGAAAGAAAUUCUUUGGUAUGCGCUUAUUGUGCAACACCAUAUACGACAUAGCGUAUGUUACUUGAAUAGCGUUGAUAAAUACACAUUUAUUUACGUUUCGAGAAAAGAAAAAUUGCAAAAACUAAAGUAUACAUAUAAAAGUUUUACUUAUACAAAUUAGCAAAAUAUUUAAAACAAUUUUAGCUGCAAGUGUCGAAUAUGUCGACAAUGGAAAAUUUUCAUUCUCAAUUAAAUGCAAUAUAAUUAUAUAAUAUAACAAAAAUAUAAAAUAAUAAAUAAAACAAAUCAAAUAAAAUUUAGUUAUGCUCUUCUACAAGUAUAAAUUUAAACGAAAUUUUAUAGUGAUGGAGUCCAUACAGCAUUGCAGAGUAUUUUAUUUUAUAAAUUUGUAUUUAUUUCUUAUUUCGUUGGAGAUCGCAAAAUACAAAUUUAAAAAAAAAAAGCAUACUCACAAACCUCAAAGUACUAUUAAAAUUACAACAAAAUUUCUAAUUACAAUUAGUCUCUUAAAAUAAAACCAAAAAAACAAAAAACAAAAAAAAAA